UCCUCCUCAACGUGAAUGGUUGGUCGUCGGAGUUAUACUUUGGCGUACCUUGUCCUUCCCUUCUAACGCAUCUUCUGGCGUUUGCAACUGCAGCUCGCCAAGAUGGCGUUCAGUAGCGACGCUGGCAGACAGCCAAAACCCCGGCCCCGCGAAGGUCUGCAGCUUCGGCCUUUAAAUGUCGAGAAAGGGUCCAAAAGAUACUCUUCCGCAGAUGAUACUUUCCCUCCGCAGACCGCAACCUGGAGGAACAACUUGCUUGCGCUUUCCCAGCGUCGGAAUCUGUUAUUCGUCGCCUACAGUCACCAGAUCUAUGUCUGGGAACCAUCUGGAUCAUUUCAGGCGUUGGGAAACAGGCCUGAGAUGAUCAUAACCCCAGUAAUGAAAGAGCCCCACGGCAGUGGUUAUAUCGCACCAGCUACGCCACACGCAAUCAACAAUCUCCUUGUGGAUGAUCUAGGCCGCGAGGAGGUGCUGCUACUUGUCACGGAUUCCGGCAAUGUUUGCGGUUAUCGGGUCGAGGCCAUAUUUUCCGCCUUGAAGCGGGCGGCGGCGAAUAAGGAAGAACGACCCCUCGAUGGCUCUCAGGUGGAUCCCUUUUUUGUGGAAUAUGUGGAAGCCAGUGCCUGGGGCUUGGCCAUCCAUAAGUUCGCCCGUCUCAUUGCUGUGAGUGCGAACACGGGUCUCAUCACCGUGUUUGCAUUUGCGCUUGUCAACCCUGCUUCUGGGGACAACAGUAAUUCGAGCUACCAUCCAGAAGACGACGACGAUGUUGCCGAUUACGACCAGACCUGGCUGGACAUCAAGAAUAAAGACCAGUUCGUGCAACUGCAACACUUGAUGCCAGACAAACAUCGCACGCGAAACAUCAAGCUGACAUAUACUGGCCAUUUCGCUAACAUCCCUUCGGUUGCCUUUUUAAAUUGCGGUCUUGAUCCCAAUGGCAAUUGGAUGGUUAGCACGGACAUCGAUAAUAAGCUCCUUACUUGGAGAGUCUGGGAUCACCUUGGCCCAUUCAGCGUUAGCCAUUUCAACGAUAUCUCCUUCAAGUUCUUCCCGGAGACACUACGUAACGAUGAGCGUGGCUGGACUGUACUUGCCCUCGACCCGCGAUCCUUCCAUCGGGUCAAGACAGCAGAGGAAGCUUGCGGCGGCGCACCUCAACGGCGUAUGAAGAAUGGCCGAACCAUUUUCGACCUAACUAGAGCCAGCAGUCGGAUACCCAACGCCUCGCAGAUAUACAACUACUUCCCGCCUGCAGUGAAGGUUGAAACGGACGAGCCAGUUUUACCUGACAUAUUCGGACCCGAUUGUUGUAUAAGCAGACGAAACAGCGCUUCCCAGGUCGUUUGCGCCGACGGCUCGCCGGCGGUACUUCGUCGGAAUCCAAGCGAUGUCACGUCCACGGAAUAUUUGGAUACCAACGGAUUUCCUACGACAGCUCGCGGUAUCCGUCCUUCGGAUUCCGCUGAUACAUUUAGCCACCGGGCCGUCAACGGUUCUGUAUAUGGGGACGACUUGAGCCGCGACGGCUCUGACUUGAAUCUGAGCACGCAUACUACAGGAGGACCAUUGACAACGCCGGAGUUCCUUCAAUUCGCGCUCAUUGAAGCUCUUGGUGGCGAUGCUCCCGAUACCGAAUACUACGACGAUGACGACAUGGACAACUACUUGGUUGAGGACACUUACAGUGAUGACCAGGAGCUGAAUAAUGCAGAUAAUAGUUCUUGCGAUGAUAGCGAGAUAUCAGCGAUGGCAUCAAUCCCGCACCCAGCUUUUCAUCCAAGCUCGAAGUUUCCCAUUCUUCACUUCUCACAAACAGACAUUCGUCUAAUAGCCCAUCCAUUCGCGAAUCAUGCCAGAGUCGUAUGCGGCGACCCUCUACGACAACCACUCACCCACCCCAUCGUCUCGAUCCGAGCCUGCGAUCGCUUCAACAUGGUCAAGUACAUCCCUGAACAUGGUAUUGUGAUUGCCGCCUCCCAAAAAGGCCGUGCAGCCGUCAUCGCCCUCACGGAAUCCGAAACCACUGGACAAUCAUUCCGAGUCGACUGGAUCGUUCCUUUCGAGAGUCAAGAAAAAUACGGCGACCGUCCGCUCAUUCCUCUCUUAGGCAUGAGCGUCAGCCCCAUCCAAGGAUUUGAGAUUCCACCCGACGUGCCCUACAUCCCCCGGGACGUAAAGGCCAGCGACCUCACCUUCCAAUUCAAGUACAUGAGCCACGACGAGCCCAACACCUCUACACCAAGCAGCAUGAUACUACAACCCAACCACGUCAGUGACGAGACCACCUACCCCCCAGCCGAGCCCUCUGCACCCAGUGAACCCGGCAAAGACAGCCCCCAACAACCUCCACUCACGUUACCCGAAUGCCACGCCCGGGCAACCGGUGCGUACCAGCCCGAAGAAAGCUGGCGCGGGUGGAACCCAUCUCGUCACUACCGGUUAAUGCUGAUGUACGCCGACCACACAAUCAUGAGCUACGAGUUCUGGUACAAUUGGAACACAACAGAUACUGGUCCAAACGGGCAAGAUCUCAACGAGGAGGAUUACCUUCUUGUAUAAACUCUCCCACCUGACUUCCCCUCCACCCUAACCCUCUUUCUCUUGAACAAAGAGAACCCUCGUGCAUAUUACGAUAGAUCCGGAAUGGUAGUCCUCUAAAAAGCUAUUGGGCGUGGAUGUAUAUCAUCGCAUUGCAUUUGGAUAGGCGUUCGGAACGAGACUUGUUGUUGAAGCGCUGGAUCCCCCCGCUCCCCUCUACCCUCGAAGUUUGUGGGUCUAAAAUGGUUUCUUCUUUUUGGUUUUCAUUUCGGGAUAUUGCCCCAAUAACUGUAUGGUUUUAUAUAUACUUGAAAUUGUGGAUGUGUUGUUUAUAUGGGUUUAGGGUUACUCCUUUAUCUCUUGACGUGUAUGGGAAACGUGAACACUCGAUUUCGGAUGUAAGAGAUGAUAAG